AUGGCGUCGUCGGCGGCGGCGGUGAAGGUGGGGAGCCGGCCGCCGUGGGUGGGGCUGGGGGCGGCGGUGUGGGUGCAGGUGGCGGCGGGGAGCGCCUUCGCCUUCCCUCUCUACUCCCCCUCCCUCAAAUCCGUUCUGGGAUUCAACCAGCAGCAGCUAACCAUCCUCGGCGUCGCCAACGACAUCGGGGAGAACGUCGGCACCCUCCCGGGGAUGGCCUCCAACAGGUUCCCCCCAUGGGUGGUUCUCCUCGUCGGAGCUCUCUGCGGCUUCUUCGGAUUCGGCGUGCUCUACCUUGCUGUCAGCGAGACCGUCACCAACGUGCCCUACUGGCUGGUGAGCAUCCAGCCGCUGCUCUAUCUCUCUAUCUCUCUAUCUAUCUAUCGAGGAUUUGUUCGCGCUGUUCUUGGGGAUGACGGAUCCUUUCGGUUCUUCUCUCUGGAUCUCGUUCUGGAUGUCAAUGCCUCUCGGGAAAUUCCCCUUCGCAUUGCCCUAACCACUCCGUUCUCGAGAGGUUUGUGCACAGUAAUUUGGGGAAACCAGAUCUGUCGGGUUCGAAGAUUCAUCCUGGAUCAGAAUGGGACAACCUGGUUCCACAGUGCUCAUACGAUGAUGCAUCUUCUUCUUCCCUUUUUUUAAAUUUUUUCUUUUACUGAAUUAUUCGGCCGGACGAGGAAAAUUUGUGGAUGGGCGAGUCCCCAGUUUGAACCAGAAGAUCCCACGUCUUCCCUGCUCUUGGACUGCUCAUCAGCAGUUCUUCAAUUCUUCUGAUGUAAAUCCUGAGAACAAAAUUCAAGUGAGAGUUGACGAUAUUCCUGCUUUUCUGUUUCUCAGAUCCUCGUGUCUCUGCGAGUUGAUCCUCGUUCAUGUGUCUGAAAUUUCCUGGAUGAACUUUACUGUCACUAACCUCAACAAUUUAGGAUACCCACUUCGUGUUUAUGCUUCCCCUGGUGUUCUUGCUGCUCAAAUCCUUGCUUAUUCGUCAAUCUCUGCGAUUCUGAGUCACACCUUCUUCUUCCUGCUUCCCCCUUCUUCUUCUUCUUCGUUCUCGAAAUGACAGAUCUCUCUGAUACCCUGAUUGUUCCACGGCAGCUGUGGCUCGCUCUGGUGGUGGCCACCAACAGCAGCGCGUGGCUGGGGACGGCGGUCCUGGUGACGAACAUGAGGAACUUCCCCCUCAGCAGGGGCACCGUCGCCGGCAUCCUCAAGGGCUACAUCGGCCUCAGCGCAGCAGUCUACACGGUGAUCUAUUCGGGAGUUCUCCACAGCUCCGCCACCAAGCUCCUGCUGCUCUUCUCGCUGGGGAUUCCGGUGAUAUGCAUCUCUCUCAUGUACCUGGUCCGGCCCUGCGUCCCCGCCAUGGGAGAAGACGCCUCCGAGCACGGCCACUUCCUCUUCGUGCAGAUCGCCAGUGUUCUCCUGGGCCUCUACCUCCUCACCAUCACGGUCCUGGAGGACCUCCUCGCCAUCCCCGACUGGAUCUCCUACACCUUCGUGGCGGUGAUGGUGGUGAUGCUCCUCGCCCCGCUCGCCGUCCCCCUGAAGAUGACGCUCUUCCCGGCUCCCGGUAGGAGGAAGAAGAGCGGCGGCUUUGUCGGUCCGUCUGGCUCGUCGGAGCGGCUGGUCUCUUCCGGGGGGGACUCGGACAAGUCAGAGCCGCUGCUGCUGCCGGCGUCGUCAUCGGCGGCGAACCUCGGGAGCUUCAUGGAGGGGGAGGAUGAUUCUUCAGACGUGAGCAUCCUGCUCGCCGAGGGCGAGGGAGCGGUGAGGAGGAAGAAGAGGAGGCCCCGGCGGGGGGAGGAUUUUGAGUUCCGGGAGGCCCUGGUGAAGGCGGAUUUCUGGCUCCUCUUCUUCGCCUACUUCCUCGGCGUCGGCUCCGGGAUCACGGUGCUCAACAACCUGGCGCAGAUCGGAGUUGCUGCCGGCGAGGAGGACACCACCAUCCUCCUCUGCCUCUUCAGCUUCUGCAACUUCCUCGGCCGCCUCCUCGGCGGCGUCAUCUCCGAACACUUUGCCAGGUGAUCGAUCUAUCGAUCAUCAUCAUCGUCAUCUUCUUCUUCUUCUUCUUCUUCGUCUUCGUCUUCUUCAUCUUCUUCCAAAUGGGGAUCAUCUCAUCAUCAUCAUCUUCCUUUUCUCCAUUUUCUUCUUUUUCUAGAUCGGGAUCAUCUCAUCGUCUUCUUCUCUGUAGGUCGAGGAUGCUGCCGAGGCCGGCGUGGAUGGCGGCGACGCAGGUGCUGAUGGCGGCGGCGCACGGGCUCUUUGCCUUCGCUCUCAGGGGGACGUUGUACGCCUCCACCGCAAUCCUGGGCACCUGCUACGGGUUCCAAUUCUCGGUGAUGAUCCCCACCGCCUCCGAGCUCUUCGGCCUGAAGCACUUCGGCGUCAUCUACAACUUCAUGAUCCUCGGCAACCCCCUCGGGGCCCUGCUCUUCUCCGGCUUCCUCGCCGGCUACGUCUACGACCGAGAGGUCGCCAAUCAAGCCGGCGGCUCCGCCGGCAGCUCCAGCGGAACCUGCCUCGGCGGCGGGUGCUUCAGGCUCACCUUCGAGGUCCUGGCCGCUGUCUGCGUGCUGGGCUCCGUCCUGAGCACCAUCCUCACCCUCCGGACCAGGUCCGUCUACUGCAUGCUCUACUCCGGCGGCUCUUUCCGGAUGCCGCCCCCCUCGCCGCCGCUGCACUGA